AUGUAUUUCGAUGUUUAUAUGCUAAGUGCUGGUUCUUGGAAGCCAUUAGACAGUUACAGUUACAACAAAGAAAAAGUAAACCAGGUGAUAUGCAAUGGAAGAUCAUCUUUUCUUGCUUCUGCAGAUGAUUCUGGUGAUAUCAAGAUUAUCGACAUUUGUCAGAAGUGUCUUUAUAAAACCCUUGAGCUGGUCAUACAAGCGUGUCCUUUAAAGCCGUUGUUUCCUUUUCCUCGCUUCUGUGAAAAAAAAAACUCAAGUGACACCUUAAUGUAUAACAUUAAAGAUAUGCAGUUCAUUCCAUGGAGACCUUGGGAAGUUAUCACCGGUGGACUGAUGCAAAGCUUGUUUUAUGGGAUUUCUCAAAAGGUCGCUCGCAAAAGAUCAUAG